UUACUUUGUUUUUCGUGGAUUUAACGGGUAUUGCUGGACACAGGGAUUCAGGGUUACUGCUUCUUUAAGUUCUUUUGGGGGAUGGGCUAUUUUCAUAACGUCAUUUCAUUCCUCCCUCUUUUUCAUUUUGUCAUUCUUUGAUUCUUUUUCUCCCCCCAUUUCCUAAAUGGAACAGAUUGCCCGAGCCUUUUCAUUUCCCAGCUUUCCCAAUUUUUAUUCAAAGUUACUCUUUUUAUUUUUCAGGAUUAUUAAGUUGAACUUUUCUUCUGUGUCAUCAUUUUUGGAGGGCUAACACCUUAGUGGACGUAAACUGCAAGUCAAUUGAGGCGAUGGUGGAGGCGUUUAUGGUGAUGAUGAUGAUGAUGAACUGUAAAAGAAUGAUUCACUAACUUGUCUGUCUUUUGCUACCUGACAAGUCGAUAUAAAUUCAUUUUCAUCAUGAUGUACUCUCCUCUCUGUCUUACUCAGGAUGAGUUUCAUCCGUUCAUUGAGGCCCUACUGCCGCAUGUGCGUGCCUUCGCCUACACCUGGUUCAACCUGCAGGCGCGCAAACGCAAGUACUUCAAGAAGCACGAGAAGAGGAUGACCAAGGAGGAAGAGCGUGCAGUGAAGGACGAGCUGCUGGGAGAGAAGCCCGAGGUCAAGCAGAAGUGGGCGUCGCGGCUGCUGGCCAAACUCCGCAAGGACAUCCGGCCCGAGUGCCGCGAGGACUUUGUGCUGUCUAUCACAGGGAAGAAGACCCCCUGCUGCGUCCUCUCUAACCCUGACCAGAAGGGCAAGAUGAGGAGGAUCGACUGCCUGCGUCAGGCCGACAAGGUGUGGAGGCUGGACCUGGUCAUGGUCAUCUUGUUCAAGGGCAUCCCGCUGGAGAGCACGGACGGAGAGCGCCUGGUCAAGGCUGGGCCAUGCAACAACCCCAUCCUCUGUGUCCAGCCACACCACAUCAGCGUCUCGGUCAAGGAGCUGGACCUCUACCUGGCCUACUUCGUACAGGAGAGAGAGUCAGAGCAGAGCAGUAGCCCACGCACAGGUAUUGGGUCAGAUCAGGAGGAUAGCCGAGCUGCCACCAUGGAUGCUCCUGAGUUUCAGGAAAGCUUUGUGACAUCAGGAGUUUUUAAUGUAACAGAGCUGGUGCAAGUGUCCAGAACUCCGGUGGUGACGGGGGCAGGCCCUAACUUCUCUCUGGGAGAGCUGCAGGGGCACCUGGCCUAUGACCUUAACCCCUCAGGGGUGGGCAUGAGGAGAACCCUGCCCAGCACCUCCUCCAGCGGGAGUAAGAGGCACAAGUCAGGCUCCAUGGAGGAUGAUGUGGACACCAGUCCUGGGGGGGAGUACUACACCUCUCCCAACUCCCCGGCUAGCAGCUCCCGCAACUGGCAAGAGGAUCUGGAAGGAGGCAUGUCCCCUGGAGUAAAGAAGACAGAGAUGGACAGCCCGUCUCCUCAGGAGAGCUCCCCACGUCUCGGCUUCACACAGCACCACCGGCCCGUCAUCGCAGUGCACAGUGGGAUUUCUCGGAGUCCGCACCCCUCCUCGUCGUUGCACUUCCCCACCACCUCCAUCCUGCCCCAGUCCACUUCCUACUUCCCCCACACCGCCAUCCGCUACCCGCCACACCUCAGCUCCCAAGACCCGCUGAAGGACCUGGUCUCCCUGGCCUGUGACCCGUCCAACCAGCAGCCCAGCCCAGUGAGUCCAGCCCAUCUAACAACUCUAACUAAGGCCCAGAGUUUGUCCUGGUCAGGUCAUGUGCUGAACGGCAGUGGUCAAGUGAAGGUGCCCAGUCACUACAUCUCCUCCCAGAUGCUGGCGCCUCCUCCGCCCCCUGGAAUGCCCCGACUGACGCUGCCCUCCGACUCCAAGUCCAGCACCACCACCUCGGACGGGGGAGCCAACUCCCCCACGUCACCCAGUAAGUGGGCCGCUGCAUACUCAACUCCUGGGACGCCCCCUGCCAACCGCUCCUUUGUUGGGAUCGGACCUCGAGACCCUGGCUCACUCUACCAGGCACAGUCCUGGUACCUGGGGAACUAAACAACACAAGGAUCAUCGAAAGGGGCAGGGACACAUGGAUUUGAGAUUCAACACUUUUUGUGGAAUUAAGAAAAUUGCAAAUGAGAUGCAAGAGGGAAAGUGUAUAUAUAUAUAUAAAUAUAUGUGUGCAUAUAUAUUUAUGUAUAUCAACAUAAAAGAUGCUUCAACACACCUUUUUGGAAUGCAAGACAAGAGGCAGAGAGAGCAACGCCAAGGAAAGAAAGAGAAAAGGUUUGUGCAGCCAAAAUGAACGGUGGGGCAGAGACAUGACCCUGUCUCCAGGAUAGUACCCCUCCUCUUUAACACCCCCCCUCUGCUACAGGUGCUGCUUCCUCAUAUAUGCAAAAUAAGCAUCCUUUAUUUUCUUAAUCAACAAGAGAAGAAUCCGGAUCCAGUAAUUAUACUUUUCCACACUUCUUCGGAGAUGGUAAAACAACAACUCUGUGAAAGUAGUUAGGGGAGGCUGGUCACACAUGGUCAAUAACCUCCCUUUACCCAUGAAGAGUCUACUUUUCAUCCAGUUUGAUUGACAAUCCUGUAUCUGUGUCAGUUACUUUGUUUUAAAGAGUGGGGUAUUUUUAAGAUUUCAUUUAACACAGCCCAUUUGUCAUGUUUAAAAGUGUCUUCUAUGAGGCACAGUGAUAUGCAUACACAAUCAAAAGGAUCUGUCUUUAGAGCAGUAGAGAGCAUCGUAAAAAAAGACAGGUACUGUAACAGGUGUGUUAGUUUUCACAAUAACUGAUACGCCCUCUUGUGCCUGUCAACUGUUGUCUGUUUGUUUAGACAUUUGUUUGUGUUUGCAUACGAUUCAAGCAUGGUGAAACCUCCUCUUCCUAUCCUUGCCCCACUCUUGAGUUAAUAUUGCAUAAAGUUUGUAUUAAUGUAGAUAACAGGGGUUUAUUCUGCAUAGUGACAAAGGGAGUACAAAAAUAGUAAUGUCACUAUUGAGACAGUAUUGGGUGUAGAGGGGAGAAUCUUUCUUUUUUUGUGUAUUUAGUUGAAAUUGCAUUGGACAUUACAGGCAUUGCACUACUAUAAUGUAAAUGUUUUCCUUUUUAGCAGCUAUCCCUUGGCCUAAUCAUAUAAAAUGUUGCAAGUCAGAGGUGGGUUUUAGGAUUAUGUUGUAGAAACUACUAUGUUGUGUUGCUUUGGUAGCAGGGUAUAAGAGUUAUGAGUGUUGGCUUUCUUGAGCUAUCGAUUCGGAUCAGAACAAUCCAGCCCUGUUGUGUUUCAGAUAUUCUAUACUCAUCUAGAGGACGUUUCCUUGUGUAUGUUGAGGUACAGGGAAUCCUGACAGGUUUAGGUAAUCGCACCCUUUUGGAUCUCUUUCUACAUUCUGUGUAUCUAAGUCACACUUUUAUUAUCUUACUCAUGCUGUCUUUAUAUAAUCGAAAACAAAAAAGCAAUUUAUGAAUCUUUUUUUAAAGCAGAUCACGUACUUUGGAUGAGUCGAGAAGAAUGUGAAUGAUU